GCGCUGUCUGAAGCGCCCAGCAAAACAGUUCCAUUUCAAAUUCAAACGGCUCCGGAUGUUGAAUUGGAAGUUUUCCCCGCAAACGUACUGACUCAUUUUAAGAACAUGUCCCGCCUCCCUGUCAUGACCAGCAAGAGGGUUCUCACAAACAGCAACUCAGAAAACGCCCAGGUUAUGGCUCCUGCUCAGAAAAAGAUGCGGAGGGAGCAGGACAUGCAUAAACCUCAGGCAGCGGCUACAGUUAUUGGACAUAGGCAAGCUCCUGUUGCUGCCAGCAGAGCGCCUCACUCUGAAUCCAUCAGGACUGCAGGAGCUGCCACGGUUGCUGUUGGUCCUUCCAGAGGUGUCUUAAAACGGUCUACAGCUUCUGCUGCUCCACGAGGAGUUAACCCCAAACAAGCAGCUGUCCCAAAAACAGUUGGGGUUGGGGCCUCUCGUCGAAAACCAUGGGAUUUAAAGGGAAAAGUCAACGAUAUGGAGGACAAGAUCCGCAACUUCCAGACGAAAGCCAGAUCUGUUAAUGAGGAGAUGGAAGCUCUGAAAGGUUCUCUGUCUCACAGUCAAAGCAGAGUGUCACAAAUGGAGAAAGAGGUAGAACAACAGAGGAGCCAGAUCAGCAAAUAUGAGAUUGAGCUACAAGCUUUGUCACACGUCCGUCAGGAGCUGGAGAAAGUGUCGAGUGACAAAAGCUUCCUCCAAAAGGAGCUUUCCAACUUAGAGGAGAAAUAUAAGGUCAUGGAGACUCUUCGAGACAGCCAGGAGACAGAGCUGCAGGCCCUGAAGAUGAAGCUGUCAGUGCAGGAGUCCACAAUGACACGUCUGCAGAGCACCCUCAGAGACAGGGAGGAGGAGGUGCACUCCCUCAAAGAAAUGGUGGCGGAGCAGAAGGAGGAGCUUCACACUGGAGAGAUGGAGCGCAGACGUCUCCAUAACACUAUCCAGGAGCUGAAGGGGAACAUAAGGGUGUUUUGCAGAGUGCGCCCUCUAGUGAGCGGAGGCCUGAGUAAGCAUAUCCAGCUUCCAGCCAGUGAUGAUAAGUCUAUUGUACUGGCUAAAACGGAAGAGUCUCACACUGGCAAAGUUGCCGACACCCAGAAGAAUUACAACUUCAGUUUUGACAGAGUCUUUGGUCCCCAAGCUUCUCAGCAGGAGAUUUUUGAAGAGAUUUCACUGCUGGUGCAGUCUGCUCUGGAUGGAUACAACGUCUGUGUUUUUGCCUACGGGCAGACAGGCAGCGGAAAGACGUACACAAUGGAGGGAGAAGAGUACGAUGACACCAGAGGGGUCAUUCCCAGAGCCGUCCAGCAAGUCUUCAAAGCAGGACAGAAGCUUGCCGCGCAAGGCUGGGAGUUCACUUUCACAGCAAGCUUUGUGGAAAUCUACAAUGAGACUCUGCGAGAUCUCCUGUACACCGGCAAGGCCAGCAAGAGGCCCGAGCACGAGAUCCGGAAGAUGGCGAGCAAUGAGGUGACAGUCACCAACCUGACCUACGAGAAGGUUUACACAGAGGAUCAGGUUCAGGGUCUGAUCGCUGUGGCCAAACGGAACCGCUCCACGGCGCAGACGUCCCAGAACGACCGCUCAUCUCGCUCCCACUCAGUCUUCCAGCUGCACAUUGAAGGAGUGAAUGCUGGCAGAGAUGUCACAUGCAAGUCUACUCUGUGUCUGGUGGACUUGGCUGGCAGUGAACGGAUGAUGAAGAGUCAGUCUCAGGGUGAUCGCUUCAAAGAGAUGACGGCCAUCAACAGCUCCCUGUCCAACCUGGGCAUCGUCAUCACUUCGCUGGCCAACAAGGAGAGCCACAUUCCGUACAGGAACUCCAAACUCACAUAUCUUCUGCAGGGAUGCUUGGGAGGAAACAGCAAAACCCUGAUGUUUGUGAACAUUUCCCCGGAGUCAGACAGCUUUGGGGAAACCCUCAACUCGCUAAGAUUUGCAAGCAAGGUGAAUGACUGUGUCAUCGGGACGGCAAGUUCCAACAAGAAAUAGUUUGAUAGUUUGU